AUGAGCCAACAAUCUAAUACACAAAAAAAUAGAGCAAUGAUCCGGUCAGAACUACAAGAUGAUCAAAUUUCAAAAAACCUAUUUUAUGUAACAAAAAAAUUCGACUUACCGAUUAAACGGUUGCAUCCACAAAGUCACUAUCCAGCAUAUCGUGAACAACGAGGUUCUUGUGUUUGGUGCCGAUUUAUAAACAUGUCAGAGCAAGGAAAACACAACAAAAAUUCACCGCAAAGUCAGGUGUGGUGUACAAUAUGUAAUGUACCAUUAUGUCUCAAUAAACAACGUCCAGAUUGUUUUAUUGAGUAUCAUGAACAUAAAUAA